UGGUAGCUAGAGACACUAGUACACCAGCAAACAAACAUUUUACAAUAACAGCUAAUUUUUAAUGGACAGUUUACGUCAACAAUGGUUGGCCUUGUCUGGAGAAUCUUACUUUAAAGAAGUGAAAAUAGUGACACGCGAAUAUUUUUAAUGUUACAUCUGUGAUGUUUGAAUUAUUGUGAUAUAAAAUUUAAAACUUCAUUUGAUUCGAUCCUUGUUUUGUGAACAUUUUGAAUAAAGGAAAGUCCAUUUUCAGCAAGUGCACAAAAUGAGUGAUGCAAACAUGUUAGUUUUCUUAAGCGUUGUCAUGCUUGUGGGGAGCUUUUUAGCAGGUUCCGUGCCUUUAAUGGUAAAUCUGUCUGAGGAACGCCUAAACCUCGUAUCUAUUCUGGGAGCAGGUCUUCUAGUAGGAACAGCCCUUGUAGUCAUAAUACCAGAAGGAACUCAGAUGCUUUAUUCUCAACAGCUUGAAGAAAUAAAACAGAAGUAUGAACAUGUAAAGGGUACUUCCAAAAUCCCACAUGAAGAUACCGAUCACCAAGAAGAGGGACUCCACUCAGUGAUUGGACUUGCACUUGUGCUAGGAUUUGUGUUUAUGCUUUUAAUUGAUCAAAUUGGAACAUCCAAGUCCAGAGAUCCUGAAAGCGGCACCGUAAGAAGCAGUAGAUCAUUCCAAGCUACAUUAGGUUUGGUUGUUCACGCCGCUGCCGAUGGUAUUGCGUUGGGCGCCGCAGCUACGACGUCUCACGCAGCUACAGAAAUGAUUGUUUUUCUUGCAAUCAUGUUGCAUAAAGCGCCAGCUUCUUUUGGAUUAGUAACUUUUCUUUUACAUGAUGGCUUAGAUCGAGCUCGUAUCCGUCGAUACCUUCUCGUCUUUUCACUAGCAGCGCCGCUCGCGGCAUUAGCAACUUACUUUGGUCUGAGUCAAAAGAGCAAAGAAACCCUUUCCACUGUUAACGCAACUGGCUUUGCAAUGUUAUUCAGCGCUGGCACAUUUUUGUAUGUUUCCACCGUCCAUGUCUUGCCAGAAAUCGUUAUGCGCUCAGGGGGGCAUUCCCACCAUUCGCCUUCUGAUGGUGCCGACAAAAUAGGAUUCACGCGAUGUGAAUUGCUCGUACUUGUCUCUGGUGCUCUCCUCCCGCUAGCGUUGACGGCAUUUCAUCAUCACUGAACGUCACGUGCAUGUACAACAAACGGCCACUUCCUAGUCUUCAUUCAGACUAGGUCAUUUGCAGUGACUGUAUGUUUUCACGUUACAAAGCUAGGAGAUGCAUGAAAGUGCAAUCCCUUCUUCCCUUUUUCCCCCCUGAUAUACACAGUGUUCUGACGAGUGAUUUCAAUGUCACAAUUUUAUAUUCGUCCAUUUCCAACAUGUGGUUUGUUAAUAAACUUGAAUAUUUACUGGGAA